AUGGCGGCCGGGGGCGUGCUGGUGGCCUUGGGGGCGCUGAGCGUGUGCGUGGCUGCGGGCUGCGGGGCCGAGGGCGAGGCCGGCGGGCCGGCGGGGUGGGCGGAGCCGUGGGGCGGCGCGGGGUUCGGGCGGGCGGCGGCGCUGGGCGCGGCGGCGGCGGCGGCGGCGGAGGAGCCGCUGCUGCUGUGGUGGAGCCCCGGGCUCUUCCCCCACUUCCCCGGCGACUCGGAGCGCAUCGAGUGCGCGCGCGGCGCCUGCGUGGCGACCCGGGACCGGCGGGCGCUGCGGGACCCGCGGACGCGCGCGCUGCUCUUCUACGGCACCGACUUCCGCGCAGCCGAGGCGCCGCUGCCGCGCGGGCCGCAGCACAGCUGGGCGCUGCUGCACGAGGAGUCGCCCCUCAACAACUUCCUGCUGAGCCACGGCCCGGGCAUCGGCCUCUUCAACCUCACCGCCACCUUCAGCCGCCACUCGGAUUACCCGCUGCCGCUGCAGUGGCUGCCCGGCCUGGCCUACCUGCGCCGCGCCGCGCCCCCGCUCCGGGAGCGCGCCGAGUGGCGCCGCCGCGGCUACGCGCCGCUGCUCUACCUCCAGUCCCACUGCGACGUGCCCGCCGACCGCGACCGCUACGUGCGCGAGCUCAUGCGCCACAUCCCGGUGGACUCCUACGGGAAAUGCCUCCAGAACCGGGAGCUGCCCACCCCGCGGUUGCAGGACACCGCCACAGCCACCACCGAGGACCCCGAGCUCUUAGCCUUCUUGUCCCGCUACAAGUUCCAUUUGGCCCUGGAAAAUGCCAUCUGCGAGGACUACAUGACGGAAAAGCUGUGGCGCCCCUUGCACCUGGGCUCUGUGCCCGUGUACCGCGGUUCCCCCUCUGUGCGAGACUGGAUGCCCAACAACCACUCCAUCAUCCUCAUUGACGACUUCGAGUCGCCCCAGAAACUGGCCGAGUUCAUCGACUUUCUGGACAAGAACGACGAGGAGUACAUGAAAUAUCUGGUCUAUAAGCAACCAGGGGGCAUCACCAACCAGUUCCUGCUGGACAGCCUGGAGCAACGGGAGUGGGGUGUCAACGAUCCCCUGCAGCCCAACUACCUAAAUGGCUUCGAGUGUUUUGUGUGUGACCACGAACUGGCCCGACUGCAAGCCCAGAAGGCCCACGAUGCCUCCCCGGGAGAAUUCCCCGUCCCCGAGCCUCGCAUUGCCCAGCCCUCACACAUGGCCUGCCCCAUGCCCACACCGGGCUUCGGCAGUGUGGAGGAGAUUCUCGAGAAUGACAGCUGGAAGGAGAUGUGGCUGCAAGACUAUUGGCAAGGUCUGGACCAGGGGAAAGCUCUCACUGCCAUGAUCCACAACAACGAGACACAGCCGCAGAAAUUUUGGGAUUACCUACAUGAAAUCUUCAUAAAACGGAAUCAAAAUCUUUAAUUAGUCCCAUCAGAGAGCCUUGGUAGAGCUAAGGAGAUAAAGUACUUAUGCAGCUAUGAAUCACGAGGUGCGUUUGCUGCUAAACCCUUCACUCGUAUGAAUACAAGGAAUUCUGUUAGAUCUACUGGUAUUUUAUCUAAUGAUGUAUAAUCAAGAUUUAAGCCUAUGCUAACACAGCCUGUUCUCAAGGAGCAAUGAAGGCAUUGUCCAGUACUUGGUUUAGCAGGAAGCAGAAGUCUGAAGCACCCAUGUAGUUCAAGGAGUUUUUAAAUUAUAGGUUUUUUUUCAGGGGAGGAGGGGAUGUCACUUCUGGCAUGCUCAGGGGUUACUCCUGACUCUGUACUCAGAAAUUAAUCCUGGCAGGCUCAGCAGACCAUGUGGGAUGCUGGAGAGCAACCCCGGGUUGGCAUUAUGCAAGGCAAAUGCCUUCCCUGCUCUAGUAUCGCUCGGGCCCUUAAAUGACUUUUUAAAGGAUUUCUCAUUUCUCUAGCCAUUUCAUCCUUGUCCUAAGGUUCAAUUGAACUCUAAGGUUCAAUUGAACAAUUGUACCUCUUUGGCUACAAAUGAGGUAAGAUGAGCUAGGUUUAGAGGUUUUUUUUUUUUUUUUUUGCUUUUUGGGUCACACCCGGCGAUGCACAGGGGUCACCCCUGGCUCAUGCACUCAGGAAUUACUCCUGGCGGUGCUCGGGGGACCAUAUGGGAUGCUGGGAUUCAAACCCGGGUCGGCCGCGUGCAAGGCAAACGCCCUACCCGCUGUGCUAUCACUCCAGCCCCCUAGGUUUAGAGUUUUAACAUUUCUAAUCUCCUUGUAACAUUUCAGUCCCUCAUUACUCAGUGUCCUGAUUUUCUUCUCCUCACCACCUGCUUUAAAAACUGUUAUGCUGAGGUUGGAGAGACAGUACAGUGUGUAGGGUGCGUGCUUUGCUUAUGGCCAACCUAGAUUCAAUCCCUGACAUCCCAUAUGCCCACUAUAUGGGGAUAGCAAGCACCUUACCUGUUGUACUAUCACUCCACCCUUAGAGCUGUAUUUUUUGACAUCAUUUUGCUUUUCAAGUCAGACUUUUAAAUAGCUUUUUCUUUUCUAGUUUUAUAAUUUUUAAUGUUAUUCCCAGAUCCAUUCUUUUUUUUUUUUAAGUUUGAGAACCAUUGGUUUAUUCAACAGAUGAAUACAAAGUUAUUCACAAUUAUCUUUAGAGUGGCAGGUGUGGCAUGCCCAGAUCCAUUCUUACCUGCAUUAAAUUCAUUGUAGAUUUGGUAGCUUAUUUUUUGUGUUUGCUUUUUUGUUUGGGGGGCCAUGCUCUGUGGGCUAUUCCCCGCUUUGUGCUUUUCCCAGUGGUGCUCGGGGAUAAAGGGGACCAUGCGGUGUUGGGGAUUGAACCCAUGAGUUACCUCUCUGACCUCUACUUCAUUUCUUAUUUAGGGCAUAUCUAGGAUUCCUUCCCACUGGAUUCUGGCUACUAACUUACUCUGUUCAUGUGCAAUGACAAUGUAAUGAAGUGUCCUGUUCUAUUAUAGGUUGAAGAUGGAAACUAAGCCUGGAAAUUAUAGUAGAAAAAAAUCAUAUAACUAGAAACAAUGAUAUGAUUUCAUGUGCUGGACAGAUAGCACAGCAGGUAAGCUUGCACUGCACAUGGCUGACCGGGUUCCAUCUCAGCAUCCAUAUGGUCCCCUGUGCCCCAUCCAGGAGUGAUCCCUGAGUACAAAGCCAGGAAUAAGCUCUGAGCAUAGCUGAUGUGACCCAAAAAACAAAAUAAAACAUCCGAUUUUGAAAUGUUCAAAUAGGGAAAUACGAAUCAAAGUGUAGUCUUUUGUUUUUAAUUUGUGCUCCAGGACUGAGCCUUAUACAUACUGUACAAGUGUUCUAGUGCUGACCCACAUCCCUGGACCCUUAAAGUAUAGAUUUUUAUAGGACUUUGGUUCUUUUUUAGUGACAUCUUCUGUCCAUUUUUUUUUUUUUUUUUGGCUUUUUUGGGUCACACCUGGCUCUGCACUCAGGAACCACUGCUGGCUGUGCUCAGGGGACCAUAUGGUAUGCUGGGAAUUGAACCCGGGUCGGCCACGUGCAAGGCAAAUGCCCUACCACUGUGCUAUCACUCCAGCCCCUAUUUUUUUUUUUUAAUUAAACUUUUUUUCUCCUUUGUUUUGCUUUUACCUGGCAUAUCAUACAAGCAAGCUUGGGCCUCCCGCAUACAAACAAGUACUCAGCUUAGUGAAGUAGCUCUCAAGCUCUUUUUAAGUUUUUGUGUGACGAAAAAAGUUCCAUUUUUCCCAAAGAGUACUGAGAACUAUGGUGGAAAAAAUAUAGUUCAACCAAACCCUUAAACUCAGGGAUUGAAGGAAGUGGCCAACUGGGUUUCAGUUGCUAGUACCCUAUAUACCCCACCUCAAGCUCUGUGAGGAGUAAGCCAGGAGUAAGCCCAGAGCACUGUGGGGUGUGGCCAAGGAUUUCACUACCAUGAUGAUUCUCACCCCCACCCCAAUUUUAUUAUUUAAAAAUUGCCCUGCAAAAUAUUGGGGAUGUAGUUUAAUGGUAGAGCCCUUGUGUGAAGUAGGCAUGUGUGAGGCCCUGGGUUUAAUCACUGAAACAAACAAAAAAAAGCCUCUCAGCAGCAUGAAGAGAGGAAAAAAACACCUUCCAAAAUACAUCAGGGUUGAAGAGAGCUCAGUAUGCAGGGUGGGUACUUUCUAUGUAAGAGGCUCAGAGUCAAUCCCUGUGCCAGAUAUGGUACCCAUAGCAUUACCAUAAGUUUCCCUUGAGUUUCCAGUCAGAAACAGCCCUGAGCACUGCCUGAGUGACCCCACAAAAUACUCAUCUUAAAAUUUGACAUUGUAGGGCUCCACAAAAGAAGUCAAAUGAAAGAUUCUGAUUUCUAAGAUUGCAGUCUUUUUAAGUGCAAGUGUUGCUGGUUUAUAAUGAAAAAAUACGUAUUAUCCAAGUGCAGACUAAGGACAAACUUCAUUACAUGCAACAAAAAGGGCAAGUGUGGAGUCUUCUUCCUAAUAUCACUUCAUACUGGUGGGACGAAUGGGCGUACUGCCAGGGAUCCUCAGGGUCACUCCUGGUGGUACUGGGGACCGGAGGAGAGAGAUGCAGUGCCAGGGACUGAACUGGUGUUGGUCACGUGCAAAGCAAGCACCUUAACCUUUGUACUGUGUAGUCUCCGGCAUUGGCGUUUUAUGAACAAAGUGAACUGUAGUUAUGAUUGCUUAUGGGUAGAUUCAUGUCUUCUCUGUGGCCAGUGCUUCCCAGACUUUCUCUUUUAUUUCUGUAAAACAGGUGCUAAAAAGGAAAGAAUCAGAAAUAGCCAUCUACCUGAGCACUUGCCAAAUACCAAUGGCUUCAGUUUCUCUUUAGAGAAAUCAAGCAGCAUAUGUUUGCUUUGGUUCGGGGCCAGUCUGUACACAGCAGCGGGCUUUGGGGUUAUCGGUAGUCAAUGUGCCACAUACCAAGCAGUUUAUGCUGCUGGAAGUGGGGCUGGAGCAUGGGGCUGAUGACUUUAAGAAUGUUGCUAUUUUCUAAGAGCUCAGGUUUCAUUUUGUAUAAUAAAAACUUUUUAAACACUG